GCGCGGUGCGGCAGAGGGUUGCAUGUGGGUAGCCAAGACUGCAGGGAGGCGGCAGAGUCGCCGGAGAGUAAGUGGCGGCUGCAGGGACGGAAGAGGAAGAGUGAUCAGCCAUGCCCAAGGGAGGAAAGCAGCACCAGCACCAGGAACAAUGGGUCGGGGACGAGGAAGAGAAGAGCGUCCCCAGGGAGGGGGCUGGAGACAAAGCGGUAAAGAAGGGGAAGAAGGAUAAAAAGACAAAAAAAUCGUUCUUUGAAGAGUUGGCCGUGGAGGAGAAGCACACCAGUGAGGAGCAGGUGGCUGAGAAGGAAAAGGAGCAACAGCAACAGCAAAAAAAGAGAAGAGAUAAGAAAAAGGACCGAAAGAAAAAAGGGGCGGAGGAAGAUGAGGAAGAGAGCCAGCUGAUCGAGAGGCUCAAGAAGCUGUCGGCCCAAGCCAGUGAUGAGGAAGAUGAAGUGCCUGCCCCCAUUGUCAAAGCUAGUAAGAAAAAGAAGGGAGGGAAUUUGUUUGCCGCCUUGAGUCAGGAGCAGAGCGAGGAAGAGGAAGAGCCACCAAAGCCUGAUAAUAAGAUCAACAAGGUGAGGUGUGAAGAAGAGGAGGAGGACAUAAAGAGGAAGAGCAGAAAAAAUGAAAAGAACAAAGGAAAACAGCAGCCACAGAACAAGUUCACUGCUCUGGAAGCGGAGGAAAUGAACGAAGAAGAGGAUGACAGUUACGGUGAUGAAGACGAGGAGGAGGAGGAGUCUGCAAUGGGCAAAGAGAAGUCUAAACAGAGCAGCAAGGCACAGUCGGAGGAGGAGGAAGAGGACGAGGAGGAGAAGAAGGAAGACGAUCCCUAUGCACACCUCAGCAAAAAGGAGAAGAAGAAACUCAAGAAGCAGAUGGAGUUUGAACGGCAGAUAGCAUCCCUGAAAGCAGCCAAUGCAGCAGAGAAUGACUUCUCGGUGUCACAAGCAGAAGUGUCCUCCCGACAGGCUAUGCUGGAAAAUGCCUCUGAUAUCAAGCUGGAGAAAUUUAGCAUCUCGGCUCAUGGCAAAGAGUUAUUCGUUAAUGCUGAUUUGUACAUUGUGGCCGGGCGCCGAUAUGGCCUCGUGGGGCCGAAUGGGAAAGGCAAGACCACCUUGCUGAAACACAUUGCUAACAGGGCUCUGAGCAUCCCUCCCAACAUUGAUGUGCUGCUCUGUGAACAAGAGGUGGUUGCAGACGAGACCCCUGCAGUGCAAGCUGUCCUGAAAGCUGACACCAAGCGGCUACGGUUGCUGGAGGAAGAGAAAAAGCUUCAGGCGCUGCUGGAGAAAGGCGAUGAUACCGCCGGGGAGCGGCUGGAAAAGGUCUAUGAAGAAUUGCGGGCGAUGGGAGCUGCCGCGGCUGAGGCCAAAGCUCGGAGAAUCCUGGCUGGUUUGGGCUUCAACCCAGAGAUGCAGAACCGACAAACCAAGAAGUUCUCAGGGGGCUGGCGCAUGAGGGUGUCCCUGGCCAGAGCGCUGUUCAUGGAGCCCACCUUGUUAAUGCUAGAUGAGCCCACCAACCAUUUGGAUCUGAAUGCCGUCAUCUGGCUUAACAACUACCUCCAGACGUGGAAGAAAACCCUCCUCAUUGUCUCCCACGACCAGGGCUUCCUGGACGACGUGUGCACAGACAUUGUCCACCUGGACAUGCAGAAGCUCUUCUACUAUCGGGGGAACUACAUGACCUUCAAGAAGAUGUAUCAGCAGAAACAGAAGGAGCUGCUCAAGCAGUACGAGAAACAAGAGAAGAAGCUGAAAGAUCUCAAGGCUGGAGGGAAGUCCACCAAGCAAGCAGAAAAACAGACGAAGGAGGCUUUGACCCGCAAGCAGCAGAAGUGCCGCAAGAAGAACCCAGACGAAGAGGCCAACGAAGCCCCUGAGCUACUGAAGCGGCCUAAGGAGUACACUGUGAAAUUUACCUUUCCGAACCCACCACCCCUCAGCCCGCCCAUUCUGGGCCUGCAUGGUGUGGACUUUGGCUAUGAAGCACAGAAGCCUCUCUUCAAAAAUCUGGACUUUGGGAUUGACCUGGAGUCUCGAAUCUGUAUCGUGGGCCCCAACGGUGUGGGAAAGAGUACGCUGCUGCUGCUGUUAACAGGGAAGCUGCCGCCGACAAGAGGAGAAAUGAGGAAAAACCACAGGCUAAAAAUCGGGUUCUUCAACCAGCAAUACGCUGAUCAACUGAACAUGCAGGAGACAGCAACGGAGUACCUGCAGCGUAACUUCAACCUGCCCUACCAGGAUGCGCGCAAAUGCCUCGGGCGUUUUGGCCUGGAGAGCCACGCCCACACCAUCCAGAUCUGCAAGCUCUCUGGGGGACAGAAAGCCCGUGUAGUGUUCGCUGAACUGGCUUGCAGGGAGCCGGACGUCCUUGUUCUGGAUGAACCUACAAAUAACCUGGAUAUCGAGUCCAUCGAUGCCUUGGGAGAUGCCAUCAAUGAAUACAAAGGGGCUGUGAUCAUUGUCAGCCACGACGCCCGCCUUAUCACCGAGACCAACUGCCAGCUGUGGGUGGUGGAAGACCAGUCCAUCAACCAAAUAGAUGGAGACUUUGAGGACUACAAGCGGGAAGUUCUGGAGGCCUUGGGCGAGGUCAUCAUCAACCGGCCCCGGGAGUGAGGCAGGAAGAG